GACACCGCUUCCUGUUUUCUAGCAAAAGGAGAUUGAGAAGGUCUGCUAGCCGAUGACCCUCCGACUCAGUAGUUUGGUAGGUGAGCAGUAGCGAGAGAGAAAGAGAGGCGCAGAGCUUGCCCCAUUUUGGUCACUGUGCAACGGCGCAAGCAUUUAGAAGGGUGUGAAGCUCAAAACUUCACACUGUGGCAGCCAUCGACUGUGCUGUCGUUAUAUAUAUCAUCAUUUGGCAUUGAACAAAGAGCAAUCGAAUCGUUUCUCGUCUCCUCCCGUUGGAAAUGGAGGAGGUUUGUUCUUUGACGAGGCAUGCUCUUCUCCGCCUCUUGUUCGCUCUCCCGCUCUUGCUGGCGGCCGCUUCCUCGAGGCCGCCUUUCGCCUGCGAUCCUGCCGAUCCCGCUACUCGUUCUCACGUUUUCUGCAGGACGUCGCUUCCCCUGGAGGUGAGGGUGCGGGACCUGGUGUCUCGGCUCACGCUGGACGAGAAGGUAACCCAGCUGGUGAACUCGGCUCCUGGGGUGCCACGGCUCGGCAUCCCUGCCUACGACUGGUGGUCGGAGUCGCUGCACGGCGUGUCUGGAAGCGGGCGAGGGAUUCACUUCGAUGGAAGCAUCAGAGCUGCUACCAGCUUCCCUCAAGUCAUCCUCACCGCUGCUUCCUUCAAUGUCCUCCAUUGGUACCAGAUUGGUCAGGCCAUUGGGUUCGAAGCCCGAGCACUGUACAACGCGGGUCAGGCCACCGGAUUGACGUUCUGGGCUCCCAACAUAAACAUUUUCAGGGACCCCAGAUGGGGGAGAGGUCAGGAGACGCCCGGCGAGGACCCUCUGACGAGCAGCAGGUAUGCGGCCGCCUACGUUAGGGGACUGCAGGGCGCCCCUCUCCAGGGCAACGGCCGCCUCGGUCCGCUUCGCGCCUCCGCUUGCUGCAAGCACUUCACCGCCUACGAUUUGGAUAACUGGAAGGGCACCACUCGCUACGUCUUCAAUGCCAUCGUUUCGGCGCAGGAUUUGGCGGACACAUACCAGCCACCGUUCCAAAGUUGCGUGGAGCAGGGUCAGGCCAGCGGCAUUAUGUGCUCGUAUAACCGCGUCAACGGUGUGCCCAGCUGCGCGGACUACAACCUCCUCUCGGCGACGGCCAGGCAACAUUGGGGCUUCAACGGGUAUAUCACAUCCGACUGCGAUGCUGUUUCCAUCAUCCACGACGCUCAAUAUUAUGCUGCCACAGCCGAAGACGCUGUUGGAGACGUCCUCAAAGCUGGCAUGGACGUGAACUGCGGCAACUAUCUGUUGCAGCACACGAAGUCCGCAGUUCAACAGGGGAAGGUCAGGGAGUCCGACCUGGACAGGGCCCUCCACAACCUCUUCUCCGUCCGCAUGCGGCUCGGCCUCUUCGACGGCGAGCCCUCCCGCCACCCUUACUUCGGCUCCAUCCAUUCCGGCCAAAUAUGCUCUCCUGCACAUCAGAACCUGGCGCUCGAGGCAGCUCGCGACGGCAUCGUGCUCCUGAAGAACUCUGGCAGACUCCUCCCGCUCUCGAGAUCGAGGGUCCGAUCGCUGGCCGUGAUUGGCCCCAAUGCCAACGACCACAAGGUGCUGGUCGGCAACUACGCCGGCCCGCCUUGUAAGGCCGUGACUCCUUUCGAGGGGCUGCAGAGAUACGUUCCUGGCGCCCAGUACUCCCCAGGCUGCGAUUCCGUUGGCUGCUCCUCCGACCACCUGAUAGGCCAAGCGGUGAGUGCGGCCAUUGGUGCAGACCAUGUGAUCCUGGUCAUGGGGCUGGACCAAACGCAGGAAAGAGAGGAGUUUGACCGCCUGAGCCUGCUGCUACCAGGGCAGCAGCAGAAGCUCAUCGAGAGAGUCGCCGCUGCAGCCAGGGUGCCCGUCGUUCUUGUGCUUCUGUGCGGCGGUCCGGUGGACGUGUCGUUUGCGAAGUACAACAGGAAGAUCGGGAGCAUCUUGUGGGCUGGUUACCCUGGUGAAGCUGGCGGCACAGCUCUCGCAGAAGUAAUCUUUGGGGAUCACAACCCCGGUGGAAGAUUGCCAAUGACUUGGUAUCCGGAAAGCUUCACCGGGGUUCCAAUGACUGACAUGAGAAUGCGGCCGGACCCGAGAACCGGCUACCCCGGCCGAACCUAUCGAUUCUACACCGGCAGAGAAGUGUUCCGAUUUGGUUCCGGUUUGAGCUACUCCACCUACUCUUACGAGUUCGUUUCCGUGACCAACCGUCCCUUGCACCUGUCCGGAAGCAGCGAGGCCGCCCGACCUGCCUCCGAGGGCGCAGCCACCGCCUACCACUACGACGUUGAGAAGCUCGGCGUCGUCGCCUGCGAUGAAAUGAGGUUCUCUGCAACCGUCAGAGUGAGCAACAAUGGUACCAUGGAUGGCCGCCAUGCGGUUCUGCUGUUCUCCCGGCGGGAUAACGAUGUUGCUGCCAUGGGCAGUCCGAAAAAGCAGUUAGCGGGCUUCCAGAGUACUCAUGUAAAAGCGGGAGAGAGGGCAGAGGUGGAGUUCGUAGUGGAGCCAUGCGAGCACUUGAGCAGCGCCAUGGAGGACGGAACCAAGAUUCUGCGAAGUGGAGCUCAUUACUUGAUUGUCGGCGACACAGAACACCAGUUGACAAUUGUAGCCUAAGCUGUACCUUGCUGACAGAUCUGGAGGUCUGAAGAGAAUAAAGUGUCGCCGGUUGGCUUCUCUGUCUGACGUCGUUCUGCAGACAGGGAGACAGAGAGUUCAAGAGUUUUUCUUGUUAUUGAUUAAAAGAAGUUGUUGAAUGGUUAUCCGGGUCACUGUUCGUGGAUGCUACGAAAGGCAUCUCGGUAGACGACACGGAAAGACAGGUGAAAAUAGUAUUAAACGGGAAAGACAGGUGAAAUAGUAUUAAACAUUGGCCUUUA